GGGCCUACUACCAAUUUGUAUCUUUACAUAAGAUUCCUCUAUAAAUAAACUUUUUCUUUGUGUUCUCCAUUGGCUGUUGCUUGAUGCUUGAGCAGCAGCUGAGCUCUGUAUGCAUGGUUGGAUAGGACAUAACACUCCCAAAUUUUGGUCAAUUUCUCUGCUGAUAAUCUCUCUCUGGCAUCACCUCUGUAGAACCAAAUUGCAUUUCUCCAAUGGAGACUCCAUACCCAGAACCUAUCUCUCCUGCCAAAACUCGGAUAGGCUGGAUAGGCGUAGGCGUAAUGGGUGCUGCUAUGGCCUCUCGCCUUCUCUCUGCCGGCUACUUCCUCACCGUAUAUACUCGCACACCAUCCAAAGCCCUUUCCUUGCAGUCCAAAGGUGCCCAUCUCGCUAGUUCUCCGCUUGAUGUCGCAAAGUGCAGUGAUGUUGUCUUCACCAUGGUGGGACACCCAUCAGAUGUUCGAUCAGUUGUCUUGGAAAGCCAAGGCAAAGGUGUUCUUGCAGGGCUUAAUCCCGGCGGUGUUAUAGUGGAUACCACCAGUAGCCAUCCUUCUCUUGCGCGGGAAAUCUUUGCAGCUGCCAGGACGAAAGGUUGUUGGGCUGUUGAUUCGCCGGUUUCUGGUGGUGAUAUUGGUGCCAGGGAUGGCAAAUUGGCUAUAUUGGCUGGCGGAGAUGAAGGCGUUAUUAAGUGGUUAUCACCCUUAUUUGAGCUUUUGGGUAAAGCUACUUACAUGGGUCCAGCGGGGUGUGGUCAGAGUUGCAAGAUAGCUAACCAAAUCGUGGUGGGGGGCAAUUUGUUGGGGUUGAGUGAAGGGCUGUUGUUCUCAGAGAAGGCGGGGCUAGAUGUGAAGAAGUGGAUGGAUGCGGUGAGGGGAGGGGCGGCAGGUUCGAUGGUGAUGGAGUUAUAUGGGGAGAGAAUGAUCGAGAGGGACUUUAGGCCGGGCGGGUUUGCUGAGUACAUGGUGAAGGACUUGGGCAUGGGCGUGGAUCUGGUGGAGGAAAGUGAGGAUAGGAGGGUACCAGUGCUGCCUGGGGCUGCUUUGAGUAAGCAGUUGUUUGCCGGGAUGGUGGCAAACGGUGAUGGGCAUCUUGGCACGCAAGGUCUUAUAACUGUCAUAGAGAGGCUAAAUAGCAACAUCAGACUCCAUAGCUGAUUGAAAGGUGGAUGAUACCAGCGAUGAUCUGCAAGCGUCAAGCGGAGAUGUGAAGGAGAGAAUUAGAGAGACACAACCUUCAGGUAACAUGUUGGAGUUGAAACCUUUCUCUUUCUCAUGUGUUGUCUAUUCUGAACAUGGGUUGGGUGUUCCUGAUGGUGUAUUAUAUAUUGAAGAUACAAGCAGGCCUCAACUUUGAAAGUGUCCGAGAUCAAGAUUCAAGCUAUUCUGCUAAUGAACAAAAUAUAUGCUACAUUUUAAUAGAACCACCGCUUGAUAAGAUAUGGUAAAUGUCAUUAUCUAUUCAACGUGAUGUCGUCAUUGAAGAAAAAGAUUUUGACAAAGAAAGCAAUCUUUUUAGCCC